AUGGACCCCGCCUGGCAAGAAGUCCUCAACAGCACGUGCCAUCCUUUGAUCGAUGGCCUGGAAACAUCAUACGGCUACAAGCCGUCUCUCGCCGCGGGCAUAGUGUUCUGCGUGUUGUUCGGGUUGUCGAUGGCCGUCCAUACUUUCCAAUUUGCCUGGUCUCGACAAUGGUGGUGCUGCGUCUUCGCAAUCGGCUGUCUGACGGAGGUACUGGGCUGGGCAGCACGAACCUGGUCGGCGGUAUGUCCCUACCAGCCUGACGCAUUCCUCAUGCAGAUCUCGACCCUGAUCAUCGCCCCGACCUUCUUCACGGCCGGCGUCUACAUCCUCCUCGGCCGGAUGAUUCAGAUCCUCGGCCCGGAGAGCUCAUUCCUGCGCCCCAAAUCCUACCUCUGGAUCUUCUGCACCUGCGACAUCAUCUCGCUCGUGGUGCAAGCCGCCGGCGGCGGGCUCGCAUCCUCCGAAUCCGGCCGAGCCGGCGGCAACACCGAGCCCGGCACAAACACCAUGGUCGCGGGUAUCAUCUUCCAGAUGGUGGCCAUCACAGCGUUUGUGGUGUGUGGCGCGGACUUCCUGCGGCGGUCGCGCCGGCCGCAUCUGCGCGCGCGGUUCACGCGCGGCAUGACCUACCUGCUCGCGGCGACGGUAUUCUCGGUGGUGUGUAUCUACGUGCGGAGUAUCUACCGAACGAUCGAGCUGCUGGAGGGGUGGCGCGGGUAUCUGAUCACGCAUGAGUGGUUUUUCAUCGGGCUGGAUGGCAUCACCAUGGUGCUGGCGGUUGCGGUAUAUAAUCUGGUGCAUCCGGCGUGGUUCAUGCCUCCUGUCGAGGGGGCAAAGCUGGCUUCGGUCGCUGGGGAUGAUGACGAUAUAAUGUUGCAGGACGUUGAAGGUCGGGGGAGUCGAUGA